CUAUUAUGCAAUAGUUUUGACACAAUAACUUACUUGACAUUCAGAAAACGACCAGCUGUUCAUUUUUGAGGUGAUAAAUGUCGAAAUAUGGCUUUACUUAAAAAAAAAUUAACCGAGGUUCCGGAUGAUGCUGUUGUGCUUUCCGAAAGUGAAGCUCUGGAAUAUGAAUGGAAAUUAAUAAGAGGGUGGAAGAAUCCUUCCGACGUAUGGGCAUUGAAUUUCGCACCUGGAAUAUUAGGGGGAUUGAGUGCAGCUACGGGCGUUUUUAUUAACCAUUAUUACCGGAAGAAACUGAAACUAGGUCGUUAUGGACAUUUUUCCACCUACCUACCUAUUGUGGUUCUACCUGCUUUGAGUACAGUUAUCUUUCAUAGAAGUUUCGUUCAACACGCCAUCAUAUUGAAUCCAAAUAUUUGUCCUGUUUGCAUCGAAACUCGAUCUUGUGCGAUUCAAGGAGUCCUUGGUAUUGGUUAUCCUACAGUGAUAGCACCUCUCGCCGCAUUCAUGUUUGCGACACGCCACUACACUUACAGACUUCCUUCUAUUACUGAGGAACCGAUAGCUGUUUUGAAACUGUGGAAAAAGUUGACUAUGCCAAUUUCAGGGAGGUUGGCCUUAGCUUUUGGAGUGCAUAUGAUUGCUGCAAUAAUAUUGACAUACAAAGAAAUGGAAAAUCUAUAUACUGUGCAAAAUAAGUUAAUUGAACUAGAAGAAAGAUUAGAGAAUUCUGCGUAGCACAUUUAGUCUCUGAUUUUAUUUAGUAAAUUAUGCCAUUGUACGAUUAGCAUUUGUUUUUAGAAAAUAGGUUAACUUUGUCUGAGGUGGCGACGUUUUGGCGAUGGAUAUUUUAUCGACCUGAUUUAUAUUUGAAAUUAAAAUUUCAAUAAAUA